AAGCAUGUGUGAGCUUUCCCAGUGGGCGGAGCAGCAGCGUCAGUGUGUACAGAGGGCAACACUCGAAACAUAACAACCCUCGCUGCUGCAGCCGCACACAAAUCAACAGCCUGCAGCUUCCAGGUCCGAUGGCGGGGAAGAAAGCGGUUYUGUUCAACUUCUGGGGCGUCGUGGUUCCGUCAAGACCAACCAGUGUUUUCCACAAACUGGAGGAGCUGCACAGUCUGCCGCGAGGUUUUCUCUCCAGUGUGGCGUCCCAAAAUAAAGGAGCUUUGAUUCAGGCAGAAAAAGGCAAAAUUACUCUAAAUCAGAUGAUCCCGGCUUUUCAAGCUGAAUGUGCCAAACAAGCUGAGGUCAGAGGCCUGGCGCUGCCGUCUGAUUGGUGYGUCAGCUGUCUGCUGGAGGAGGUCAGAAAGGCCAUGAUGGACGUUCAAGAUAUUGUGCUGAAAACGUCUGCGAGUCUGCGUUACCACGGAGUACUGACCGCAGUCCUGGCCAAUCACUGGCUGGAUGACAGCGCCUCCGGAGACGACCCGGCUCGGCUCCUCUGUCUCCUGGGUAGCAACUUUAACCUGGUCCUCCAGUCUUGCCAUUCAGGUCACAGAGUGCCAGAGUUYGCCAUGUUCAACUCUGCUUUGGACCAGCUGGGGAUYCCAUCACAGCAGGCUCUGUGGCUCGAUGUGGACGAGGAGAGUGUGAAGGCAGCAGAGACGGCAGGGAUGAAGGCCGUCCUGGUGGACAACCUGGAGGCUGCUCUGCACAAACUGUCCGACUUCACUGGAGUUCAGGCUGUUGGGGCAGAGAGUCCUCCCAUCGCCUGCAGCCCUGACCAGGUGUCUCAUGGAUACGUCACCAUCAGACCUGGUGUUCGGACCCACUACGUGGAGAUGGGCUCUGGCCCGCCGGUUCUGCUGUGUCACGGCUUCCCAGAGAGCUGGUACUCCUGGCGGUACCAGAUUCCCGCUCUGGCUGCCGCCGGGUUCAGGGUCCUGGCUCUGGACAUGAAGGGAUACGGCGAAUCCACAGCACCCCCUGACAUAGAGGAAUAUUCCCAGGAGAAGCUUUGCAAGGAUCUGAUCUCCUUCAUGGACAAAAUGACCAUACCACAGGUCACCCUUGUGGGUCACGACUGGGGCGGUGCCCUGGUUUGGACUAUGGCCUGGUAUUUUCCAGAGAGAGUCAGGGCGGUAGCGUCUCUGAAUACUCCCCUGUUCCCACCGGACCCUUCGAAACCGGCUUCAGAGAAACUAAAGGCUCUGCCCGCUUUUGACUACCAGAUUUACUUCCAGAAACCAGGAGUAGCUGAGGCCGAGCUGGAGAACGACUUGGAGAGAACAUUCAAGAUUUUCUUUUCCAGCARCCGUGAAGCCGCAGGUCGUCCGGCUCUCAGCACAUCGGGGGUCUGCGCUCGAGGCGGGCUGUUUGUGGGUCUGCCACAGCAGAUUCCUCGCAGCUCAAUGCUAACUGAGGCUGACCUGGGCUACUACGUAGGUCAGUUCAGAGGAAGCGGCUUCAGGGGACCGCUGAACUGGUACCGAAACAACCAGGCCAACUGGAAGUGGAUGUGUUCACAGCCCACUGGGAAGAUUUCCAUGCCAGCGCUGAUGGUGACGGCGGRGAAAGACCCCGUCCUGCUCCCGGCGAUGUCUCACGGCAUGGAGGAUCUGGUCCCCAACCUGAGCAGAGGACAUAUCGAGGACUGCGGACACUGGACGCAGAUGGACAAACCGGCAGAGACCAACAACAUCCUGAUAUCGUGGCUGAGAGAGACGCAUGGACCUGCAGGCGGCGAGCUGCUGGUGCCCAAACUGUGACGCAGGAACAU